AUGCUGUGUCUUGAUGUUUACCAGCGUUGUUUGCAUUUGACAGUGGCCUUGACGAAGCGCACGGCGUCGCUCAAGGCGCAGCUCCACACGCGUAUCCAGCACGCGGCCGCGCGGAUUGAGGCGGCGGCCCACGCGAUCGCUGCGACGCAGGUCGAGCUGAAGAUCAAAGCCGUGCGCAUCAAGCAGGCUGAGCGCCAAAUGACCAAAAUGCAAGCGGUGCACACGCUGCAGAUGAAGCGCCUCAUCAAGAAGGACCUCGUGCAUCUCUCGCGAAAAGAUAGCAUUCGCACCAAAUUGGAUGCAAGUCAGUCGAUCGCACUCAAGCUCCAGGCAGAGAACGAAGACUUGGACGAGAAGGUUGUGACGCUGGAAGCCGCGAUCGGGUCCCUUCUCGGGCAGUGCGAAGCGGCGAUCGAGUCGCACGCAAAUAGUGUCCAGCGUCUGCUCGGCGAACACCAAUCGAUGCGCAAAGUGGACUUUGAAGUCGAGACUGUCGAGGACCUGCACGCGAUCAUGGAAGACUUCCGAUAUGUUCUAAGCCAUCACACGCCCGAGCGCCGUUUUGCGCUCAAGUCCAAGCACCUGACGCUGAGCACGCUACAGCCCGCCCACCUCACUGCUAUGAGCGAGAUCAUGGUCGGCUACUUGCCCAUGAAACUUCUGCCAGUCAAUGUGACGCUGCACAAGCGGUUGUACAACAAGGUCGUGCGCCGCGCCACCGUGCCACUCAUGCCGAUCGCCAAGCUCACUCCCCGCGAACAGCUUGAGUACGACGCCCUCGGCGCGUCAAGCGACUCGUCAUCUGACGGGGCGGAUGAGAACGACCAGAGUGAAGAAGAGGAUGUGAGCUCGACGACCGAGAACCUCGCAGUCGUGCCCAAGGCGUCCCAUGGGUCGGCGCCAGAGCCAGCAAAAGUGCCGCGUAUUUGGGCGCCGUCAGGGAGAAAGGCAUCACUGCCGUCCGUUCGCCUCGAGCCGCUUGCGCGAAAGUACCUCGCGCAGCAAACCAAUCCACCCGAGUACACCCAGCUUGCAACGCCGAGCGUCCCUGUGUCCGUCCGUCGCCAGCUCGACGACGUCACGACCCAAUAUCAAGUCGAGGCCGCCGACGCGCUCGCACAGCAGCUGCAAGCCGAGAUGAGUGCCAAGCGAGCGUUGAUUGAGAGCCUCGAAGCCAUCGCUACGUCGGACGCCAAGCUCGUGCGCGACAGCCGUGACCGCAGGGCGUCUUUGGACACCGUACUUUCGAAAGCGCGAGUCACGCCAACCACGCGACAGGGCAAGGAGCUUGUGACGAGCAACGCCGCAUUGGUGCUAGCCAUCGCCGAUAUUGAAGCCAGCAUUGCAACACUCCAAGCAACGAUUCAGUCGUCGCGGUCAAAGCCGGCUGCACGGCUCGCCCAGCGCCGACUCUCCGUGUCCGCCGAGGCCUUCGAGACGGACGCUGACGUUGCGCGGCUCGUACAGCAGUUUGAGCUGCUCCUCCGCCACACACUCCCAAAGUCCGCACUGCAUUCAAUCAAGGCCAAGCGCAUCCUCAUGGCGCUCGAGGCCAUCGACGAGACGAGUCUCCAGGCCAUUGAAAUCACACUUGGUGACUACCUCCCCUUUCAGCUGCCGCUGGCGCCAACGACGAGUAAGAAGAAGACGUCAUUGCGGCACCCAGACGACGACGAAGACGAGACAUAUUUCUCCAAAUAUGAAGACAACACGGCCAAGAUCCGACGCCACCUCCAAGCCGCGGGUUCGACGACACCAGCACCCGACGGAUCCGCAGAGACUUCACCACGGACAACGUCCGGGCAGUCGACGUCGGCAAGCGCCGAGACGACGCAAACUAAGCGGCUCAGUGUUCGCUUUGACGUGGCGAUGCCAGCACUCACGAGCAACAGUCUGUCGAGCAGCGAACGACCCAAGAGCCCGAGGUUGUUUCCAGAGGGCUUGCCAAAGGACGGUUUGACCAAGAGUCCGCGCGGCAACGACGCCACCAAGUUGGCAUCGAGCGUGUCCACGUCGGCGCUGCCAACUGCAGAGAGUUUAUCCCCACCUCGCCUCUCCACUAGCAGCUCGGUCGACGCGCUCGUCGUCAAGUUUACAUCGCGCUUGCGCCAGAGCUCGAUCAAAACCAAGGAAGGGCUUCCGACGACACAUCGCCGCUUGCCCAGUGCCCGCCACAAUUCGCUUCUCGUAGCAACACCAGUGGCACACGCCAGCAAGCCGAGCAGUCCCUCACGGAGCUCCAAGGCUAAAGACCUGGGAGGAAGCACCGGGGUGUUGCUGGACGCCCCAAAGCUCGUGACGACCGACCAGCUUUUGCCCAUCGAUGAAACGAGCACGGUCUUGAAGACAGAGUUGAAAGCAAAGUCAAGUUUAAAGUCUGGCGACGCACCAAGUCAAACGACCGAGAGCGACACCCCGGGACCAAAGGAAACCCCGGCGCCAAUGCGUCGCACCCCGACGCCAAAGCUCGAGACGCUCAUGCGCAGGCAAGUGCAAGCUGCUGCCGUCGCAUUUGACUCUGUUGAUACGUGUAGCGGCUCCAAGGCCAAGGACCUCUUUACAAAAUCGGAUGCCAAGGUACCCGAGGUGGCGUCGCGCCUCCGCCGAGCCUCCGUGAGCGUCACUUCUCUGGCACCCAGCAGCAGCAGUACCACCACGAGCAGCAGUGUCAAGGCGCCGCGAGAUCUGUCAGCGCACCUGGGGGAGCAAGCGAUUGCGAGGCGCACGGAAAUGAGUCGCAUGAACGACUUUGAGCGCAUCGCGCUGGCCGACGACCGACUAAAAACCGAUGUUGGCUUUUCGUAGUCGACGACAGCCUC